AUGUCGCCGUCUCCCAACACGUUGGAUAUCCUCGAUUCGCAGAUCAAGAGCCAGUUUCGAGACGCUUACCUGGCAAAACUCGCGCAAUAUCAACAACAGCAGCCAAGCUAUUGGGAGUUUAGCAUCGUGCCAGGUGUGUUCAAGCAGUCGGACCCCCAGACAGACGAAACAACAUUCAAUUAUCUCGAUGAAAAUUUCGGCAAGAUUGGCUCGUGGGAUGACAUCAUCGCCAAGUUGAAUCGCUUGAACCAGCAAUCUUCCUCCGCACCCGAUACCAAGUACAAGAUCCUUUACUUGUCGCGUCACUACACGGGAUACCACAAUGUGGCCCAUUUGAAAUACGGAGAUGACGCGUGGAAUCAGCAUUGGUCGAAAUUGAAUGGCGAUGACGAAAUGACAUGGGGGCCAGAUGCAAACUUGACCGAGGCAAGCGUCGAACUAGCUAAACUGAAUAGCAAACUAGUUGCCCGCGAGUUGGCCAACAACGCUCAGCUGGACCCUAGGUUGAUUGCUCCAAAGAAAUUGUAUGUUUCGCCAUUGUCGAGGGCAAUUGAUACCUUAUACUAUACGUGGAAUCCAAUCGUGAACUUGACCAAACACCCUGCUAUAAUUCAAGAAAACUGGAGAGAAACAAUGGGGGUUCACACCUGCGACAAGAGAUCGACUCGAUCGAUUAUAGAAAAGAGAUUUCGCGCGAAAGGCUUUGAAAUUGAGAAGGAGUUGGUUGAGGAAGAUGAGUUGUAUCAAGACGAUUAUAGAGAAACCGUUGAUGAACAAGCCAUGAGGAUGAAUGUUGCACUACAGCAAUUGUUCACUCUGGACGAUGAAGACAUCGUUGGUAUUACCAGUCAUAGUGGCAGCAUAAGAACCCAAUUAAUGGUGUUGGGCCAUCGAUCGUUUGCUGUGCAAACUGGGGGCAUGAUUCCCGUCUUUGUCAAGGCUGUUCGAAAAUACAACAAGUGA